AUGCCCGAGCUCAGCUCCCACUUCUCUUCCCUCUUCCACAUGCCGUCGAUUUGGCUCUUCGCCCUCGCUUUGGCUGCUCCAGGGCUUGCAGAUGUUGUAACGGGAAUACCCGACGCAGCUCCAGCGGGAUUCGAAGAAUGGGUCUCUCCCAUCGUCAUUCCUGCACCAGCUACCCAAGGAAAUGGCGAUUGGGCCACUGCAGUCGCCAGAGCUAGGAAACUUGUUGCUGGGUUGACACUCGAGGAAAAGGUUAAUGUGACCACCGGAAUCGAUACUCAAGGACGUUGUGUCGGUAAUACUGGCACCAUUCCUCGCUUAGGCUGGCCAGGCAUAUGUUUGAACGAUAGCCCAUUGGGAGUAAGAUUCGCGGACUUGGUAUCUGGCUUCCCUACACCAAUAAACGCUGCGGCCACAUGGGAUGUUGACCUUAUUGGAGCACGGGGAAGGGCUAUGGGUGAAGAGCAUAGAGGAAAGGGUGUGAAUGUCGCACUUGGACCGAUGACAAACAUGGGUCGUGUUGCGGCUGGUGGGCGUAAUUGGGAAGGUUUUGGAGCUGACCCGUUCCUUUCCGGCGUUGCCACCGCUGCCACCAUCUCGGGGAUGCAGGACGAAGGUGUGAUCGCGACCGUCAAGCACUUCAUUGGUAAUGAGCAAGAACACUUCCGUGGCGGGUCCCUAGCCAAGCAACUCUCCUCUUCGAAUAUCGAUGACCGAACCAUGCACGAAAUUUAUGCUUGGCCCUUCGCUGAAGCGGUUAAGGCUGGAGUAGGUGCGGUAAUGUGUUCAUACAACGCGACGCAAGCCUGUCAAAACUCCAAAUUGAUCAAUGGCAUUCUCAAAGAAGAAUUGGGCUUUCAAGGAUUCAUAAUGUCUGACUGGGCAGCUAUGAUCAAUGGCAUACAACCUGCUCUUGCCGGUCUUGACAUGAAUAUGCCAGGCUUCACUGCUUACGGUGUUGGGAAUCAGAAUGAGCAGGAUCCAUCCAAGGCAGACAAUUCAUUCUGGGGCGCGGCGCUCGUUGAGAUGGUCAACAAUGGGUCGGUUCCACAAGCUCGUGUUGAUGAUAUGGUCACUCGAAUUUUCGCAGCCUACUAUCGGCUAGGUCAAGACAAGAACUAUCCCUCAGUUAAUUUUGCUCAACUUACGCAACAAACCUACCUCAACGGCCAGUUGGUCAAUGAGCAUAUCAAGUAUCUGAGCUUGUUUGCUCUUGUUCGCGCUGACCUCGAGCUUAGCGUUCAAGGUCACCACUAUAAAGUUAUUCGGGAGAUUGGUGCAGCUAGUGCGAUCCUGUUGAAAAAUACGAACAACGCUUUGCCGUUGAGCGUCAAGAAUUUCAAGCGAAUCGGUAUAUUUGGUUCCGAUGCAGGAGUUAACCCAGACGGUCCCAAUGGAUGCGAUUCCCACGGAUGCGACCAAGGUACUCUCGCCAUGGGAUGGGGUUCAGGAACUGCCAACUUUCCAUACCUCAGUGACCCGCUCUCAGCCAUCACCCAACACGUACAGUCCAUAAACCCUACUGUUGCGAUUGAUGCUAUUACCAACGACUUCAAUCUGAACCAAGUUGCCAAAGUCGGUUCUCUGGACGACACCUGUCUCGUGUUUGUCAACGCGGACUCGGGGGAAGGAUAUAUCACCGUCGACGGCAACGCUGGGGACAGAAAAAACCUAACGUUAUGGCAUUCUGGCGAGAAUCUCAUCUUACAGACUGCUUCUGUUUGUUCCAACACCAUCGUUGUUCAGCAUAUCGUUGGGCCCGUUCUCGUUGAAUCAUGGUUCAACCAUCCCAAUGUUACUGCCGUGAUCAAUGCCGGUCUGCCUGGUCAAGAGAGUGGUCGUGCCAUUGUCGAUGUGCUUUUCUCAGACAGUCCACAAGCGACAAAUCCAAGUGGCCGUCUGCCAUACACCGUUGCGAAGCAACAAAGUGAUUACCCAGCCCAGGUUCUUUACGCCUCCUCGGACAAGUCACCGCAGAUCACGUACUCGGAAGGUCUUAACCUCGAUUAUCGCUGGUUUGACGCCAACAAUAUCGAGCCGAGGUUCGAAUUUGGAUUCGGGCUCAGCUACACGUCCUUCAAAUAUAGCAACCUGAAAGUCUCUUUGAACCAUGCAAAACGGGCGACCUCCAUGUAUGUGUCUGUGUCUGCCAACGUGACUGCAGGUGUCUCAUCCGUUGCUUCAUCGACACCGAGCGCCGUAAGCUCAUCUGUCUCUGUAUCAAUAACGAGCUCCGCAUCAACAUCAUCAUUUUCUGCCGUGCCUUCAUCAGCGUCGUCUAACGCAACUUCGACCUCGACCGCCCCUGGAGUUAUCUCAUCGCCUGUUGCAUCCAUCGGCGGAGCGGCAACUCUAUACGACCAGAACACGGGCUCGCUGGGAGGCAAUGAAGUGUCACAGCUAUACCUUACUUUCCCCGCUGGGUAUCAAGAACCACCCAAGGUUCUUCGAGGCUUCGCGCGGACAAUGGUGAAUAAAGGGCAAAGCAAGACUGUGACGAUACAGCUACGCUCCAAGGACGUGAGCGUAUGGGACGUUGUUCAGCAGAAAUGGGUUCAGGGAACGGGUCAAUUCAAGCUGCUUAUUGGGGCAUCGUCGCGCGACAUCAGACUCACGGGCAGCUUUACCCUGUGA